AUGGCGACCGGUGAGGGGCGAUCAAAUCUCAGGUUGCUCAGGACGUCAUUGAUUCUGGACCAAGGCGACACACGCACGACUCGCCAUGGAGACUGUCUCAGACUGUGUACUUACAACGCGAGAACAGUUUCCACAGACGCUGACCUGCAUGCCCUUCUCGGAGCUGCAGAGCGUAUCAAAUUUCACGUGAUUGCUCUGCAGGAGACCAAGUGCAGAAGGAAUGACGUACGACAGAUGAAUGACGGUACACUCGUCAUUCGUGGAGAGAAGGUUCCGUCGCAAAAUGUAGGCGGUGUUGGUUUUGUUGUGCACCCAUCUGUCGUCCAUCUCGUCGAUUCUCACGAGAUCCUGUCACCCCGUCUGGCCAUUCUUCGCCUCCGCCCUCUGCGCCAAAGACACAUCAGCAUCAUCAACUGCUACUCACCAACAUUAGCAGCUGAUGAAUCCGAACUGGAUGAGGAGCUGGAGAAACUGAUCCGCAACGAGAACUCCUUCUACAAAUUCGUUGCUGGAGAGGUAAACGCAAAACUAGGAAAAUCCAUAGAUGGGGAAUGCAGGAUCGGAAGAUUUGGACUAAGGGACUGGAACGAAAACGGCAAUCGUCUCGCCAGACUGCUGCCCGCCGCUCGCCUCUUUUAUGGGAAUUCCCUUUUCAUGAAGAAAGAUCAUCGUCGGUAG